AUGCUUUAUUUAAAGAAAUUCAACUACAGUUCGAAUCAACUUGGUGGUAAUUGGAUUGAUAGAUUCAAAUUGAGGACGUCCCCUUCAAAAUUGUUCACAUGGGGGUCCACUGAUUUAGGAAGAUUAGGUUAUAUGAUAAGAGACGUUCCUCCAGAGAAGUUAACAUCGAAUAGAAAUGUCAAGUUACCUCAUAAUCUUACCAAUUUCAAUGAUUUAAUUAUCACAGAUUUAAAAUCUAAUGGUUUCAGCUUCCAGAUCUUGACGAACCAAGGACUUUUUUUCAGUGGAAAUGACUACAAAAGAAGGGUGAAUGCCUCCCCUGGACCUAGAGAUAGUGAUUACAGAAAAAGAAUGGAAUUAACAGGUCCAGUGGGAGUUUUUCCUCCCCUUGGAAGGAUUGGCGGUGGUCCUAGGAUUCUUCCCAUAAACCAUCAACCAAUAGAGACUGGCUCUGCGCAUAGAUUGCAAGGUGAUGAGUUCUCGUCUCCUCCGCCAACAACUGCCCCUCCUCGCCAAACAAAUCCUAACUUGAGAAGACCUCCUGACCAGAUACCGGAAUUGAGAGAAUUUCAAUCCCAGGUGACCAAGCAUGAUCAACAGUCGGAGAAAGUCAGGAAAAUAGAAUCAAAUUUCAUCACCAAAUUGGACACUCAAGGAAGCAAAAUAAUAUCAAUUUCUUCCGGUAGAAUGCAUUUCAUAGGAUUAAGUGAUGACAACAAAUUGUACACCUGGGAUACAGGUAAUGUCGAUUUGAAAGGUAUUUUACUCUCGUUCCCUGGUCUUGAUAAUCCCAUCAUAUCUAAGAUCAAGAGUGGUUGGAAUUUGUCUUCCUUUUACACGAAGGGUAAAUUGAUAGUUUGGUUCAGUAGACAGCCGAUUACUGAGGAACAAGUUCAACAAAAUGAUUUUUCUUCCAAAUGUAACUACUGGAUUAUUAACGACCCCAGAAAUGAAAUCAUUGAUUGGUAUUUGGGUCCUGAUUUCAUUAUUGUUUUGAAAAAGGAUGGUGUUUGGGGGAAGAAAGUCGAUGUGGGUCAUUACUACCACAAUAUCGAGGGUCACAGCUCUUUGGAAGAGCUCACUACACUCUCUGGUUUCAAUUAUUGGUUAAAAACUUAUAAUUCAAAUGGUACAAAUAUUGUUUAUUCCAAGAUUACUGGAGGUUUUAAAAAUUUUGCAAUAUUCACUUCGGACCAAAGAGUCUUGAUAGGAGACAGUACGUUCAUUGAUGAUGAGAUAACGAGUCUCGAGGACCUAGAUGAUCCCAAAAAACCAAAGGAGAUACCCCUCGAUGAUAUUGUAGAGAUGGAAAUUGGAGAUUAUCAUUACCUAGCUUUAAAUUCGAAUAGUGAGCUUUUCUCAUGGGGAUUGAAUUCCAAUAAUUGUGGGUGCUUAGGUAUAGGCGAUGUUGAGGGUGAAAUUAAAGAGCCCACUAAGAUAGAUGGAAAAUGGAUUGUGAUUACAGCUGCUGGUUGGCAUUCAGGCGGUAUUCAAACUGCUUAG